AUGAGAUUAUUAAAAAGUCAUCCUUUAUUAAAAUUAGUUAACUCAUAUCUUAUUGACGCUUCACAACCUAGUAACAUAAGUUAUUUAUGAAACUUCGGUUCUUUAUUAGCAUGUUGUUUAAUUAUACAAAUUGUAACUGGUGUAACAUUGGCAAUGCACUAUAGUCCUAACGUAUUAGAAGCUUUUAACUCUAUAGAACAUAUUAUGCGUGAUGUGAAUAAUGGAUGAUUAGUACGUUACUUACACAGUAACACAGCUUCAGCUUUCUUCUUCUUAGUUUAUUUACAUAUAGGAAGAGGAAUGUAUUAUGGAUCUUAUAGAGCUCCUAGAACAUUAGUUUGAGCUAUCGGAACAGUAAUCCUUAUACUUAUGAUGGCUACUGCCUUCCUGGGUUAUGUUUUACCUUAUGGACAGAUGAGUUUAUGAGGUGCUACUGUUAUUACCAAUUUAAUAAGUGCAAUUCCAUGAAUUGGACAAGAUAUUGUUGAGUCAAAAAUUAUUACUUUAAUUAUUAAUUUAUCUUUUAUUGCUAUUUUAUUUUCAAUUGUAGUUGUGUAUUAUUAUAUCUUACUACAUGUUAAUUUUUCAUCUAACCUUCCUACGAUAGGUGUUAUUCAUCAAAACGCUUUAAAGAAAUCAAAUAAGGCUUUAAGAUUAGAUAAACAAGAAUAUAUAUCCAUUCCUUCAUCAUUUUUAGCUUUUUUAGCUGGAUUGGUUGAUGGUGAUGGGUAUAUUCAAGUAACUAAAACAUCUAAAGGUUUCAUAGCAAUUAAGUUAGUUAUAUCUCUUCAUUUAGAAGAUCUUUCUAUUUUAGAAUAUAUUCAUUCUGUUUUAAAAAUAGGUAAGAUAAAUAUUUAUAAGGAUUUAAGAAGUCCAACUUGUAAAUUAGUAAUUAAUAAAACGGAUCUACAAGAAAUAUUGUUCCCAUUGCUUAUGUAUAAUAAGAUUUUUUUCUUAACUAAUACUAGAGCAGAUCAAUUUAACUUAGCUAUGUAUAUAUUCAAAAAUGAUAUUAAGAUGUAUAAUCAAAUUCCCGAUAACACACCUGCUGUUUUUGAGAUACCUAAAAAUCCUAUUGAUUACACAUUAUUGCCUUUUUUUAAAAAUUGAAUAGUCGGAUUUACAUGUUCUGAGGGUUCAUUUUUUAUUAAAAGUAAUAAUGAUGGUUGUUUUCAAUUAAAACAGAGAAUACAUACUAAUUUAUUUGAAGCCUUUAAACUAAUGUUUAAUACUAAUAGAAAAAUAGAUACAACAAAUAAUUUUAAUCAAUUUGGUGUUAGUUCUAAAUCUGAUAUACAAAAAGUUAUAAAUUUCUUUUCAUUUUCAGGUUUACAUCCUUUAGUAGGGUUGAAAUAUAUUCAAUAUAUAAAAUGGUUAAAUAAUUUACGAGAAAGUUUGCGUUAUAGUACCUUAAAUUAUCCUGAUGCAAAAUAA